AGGCGGCGAGGGGACCCAGCUGGAGUAUCUGCAUUGCAGCCUGAGCGCUGCUGCCGGAAGCCAACACAACAAUGGCGACUCCCAGUCCUGACAGCAACUCGUCCAGCUCCAGCAACAGCUUUAACAUCGUCGGAUCCACGUCGCACCACUUCCACCCGCAGACCCACAGCAGCAGUAUGCAAGAAAUCAACAGCUGCUGGAGGUGUCAAAAUGAAACAGGUAAACGUAAAGCGUUGAAAUUGAAUUUUGCCAACCCUCCGGUGAAGCCGGCGUCUCGGCUGCCACUCAAUCCAACGCCGCCUCCCUCCUUCCAGAACCCUCACAUAGAGCGGCUCAGAACGCACAGCAUUGAGUCGUCAGGAAAACUUAAGAUUUCUCCUGAGCAGCACUGCGACUUCACUGCGGAGGAUUUGAGGGACCUCGGGGAGAUCGGCCGUGGGGCAUACGGCUCCGUCAACAAGAUGGUCCACAAACCCACAGGCCAGAUCAUGGCAGUCAAGAGGAUCCGCUCCACUGUGGAUGAAAAGGAGCAAAAGCAGCUGCUGAUGGAUCUCGACGUGGUGAUGAGGAGUAGUGAUUGUCCGUACAUUGUUCAGUUCUAUGGAGCGCUCUUCAGAGAGGGGGACUGUUGGAUUUGUAUGGAGCUUAUGUCUACCUCACUAGACAAAUUUUAUAAAUAUGUAUAUUGUGCAUUAGAUGAUGUCAUUCCAGAGGAAAUAUUAGGCAAAAUAACUUUAGCAACCGUGAAAGCACUGAACCACUUAAAAGAAAGCUUGAAAAUAAUUCACAGAGACAUCAAACCUUCCAAUAUUCUUAUGGACCGAAAGGGUAACAUCAAGUUGUGUGAUUUUGGGAUCAGCGGCCAGCUGGUGGACUCAAUAGCAAAGACCAGAGAUGCUGGCUGUAGGCCCUACAUGGCACCUGAAAGAAUAGACCCAAGUGCCUCAAGACAAGGUUAUGAUGUCCGCUCUGAUGUGUGGAGCUUGGGAAUCACAGUGUAUGAGCUGGCCACUGGAAGGUUCCCGUACCCCAAAUGGAACAGCGUUUUUGAUCAGCUGACACAAGUGGUGAAAGGGGAACCUCCUCAACUCUGCAGCUCUGAGGAGAGGCAGUUCUCCCCUAAGUUCAUCAAUUUUGUUAACUUAUGCCUUACAAAGGAUGAAUCCAAACGGCCAAAGUACAAGGAGCUUUUGAAACAUCCGUUCAUCCUCAUGUAUGAAGAGCGUUGUGUGGAUGUUGCCACUUACGUCUGCCGCAUCCUGGAUCAGUUCCCUGCCUCCCCCAUCUCUCCCAUGUAUGUGGACUGAGGGAGUCCGGAGAAGGUGGGUUCCACUCUCCGACAGUGCAGCGGGCUCGACGCUGACUCACCAUCUGGUCUCCUAAUCAGCUUAGACACAUGGUCAAGAAGAGAGGUGCAAUGAUAUACAUAUUGGUUAGCCAACCCUUCACCUUAUUUAACCUCACUUACUGGACACAAAAAGGCAAUCUACCAAAUGAGUGAUGGUGCUCAUGAAAACAGACACACAGUAAUUUAUGUACAAAAUGUGCUUGUCAGGGGAAAUAAUGUUUGUCUUGUUUCCUCUCUUCUGUCUUCAAUAUGCAAUCUAUGAGUCUUAGCACACAAUUAGAACAAUGUUAAAUAUGCUCACCAAAUGUUUGCCCCACUUUGCGCCUUCACUGUAAUGUCGUUAUUUUUAAGUCACAAGUAAAAUAUUGUAAGAAUUUCAUAUUACUGAGUCACUUAAAUUUAGUGAAUAAUAUUAUUCAGUAUUUACACGUGCGACAUAGCCUAUUUGCUGUAUUGCAAUCGCUCCUCAUCAGUUCACUCCAUCCAUUCGUCGUCAUCUGCUUAUCCAAAGUCGGGUCGCGGGGGCAGCAGCCUAAACAGACAAGCCCUGACUUCCUCUUCCCAGGUACAUCAUCCAGGCCUACUCUGUCUGUGUUAGCGCUUACAAUAAUAAUACCGCUAAUACUUCAAUAUUGAAGUGACGAAAUUUAAAGGGUGUUGUUGGCACUUUUUGGAUGUUUAUUUAGAGGCUUUUAUGGGCAGAAUAAAGGACAUCCCAUUGAUUUUCCAUUGUAAGCGGACUUUCAUUUAAGAGUUAGAAUGCAUUAAAAAAAUAGGUAACUCUUUAGUAUGGGGAACACAUAUUCAUCAUUAAUUAGUUGCUUAUUAGUAACAUAUUGGCUCUUAAUUAGUUAUUAUUAAAUACUUGUUAAUGCCUUAUUCUGCAUGGCCUUAUUAUACAACCAGUAAGCCAUUAACUAAGAGUCUUCCCUCAAUAACCUCAGACUAAUUGCUUAUUAGUAACCCUAAUCCUUAUAUGUUCCCAUAGUGUCCAAAUAACUCUAAAUUAACUAAUUGUUACUUUAAUAAGCUACUAAAUAUGGUGAAUAUGUUCCCUAUACUAAAGUGUUACCGAAAAAUUUUUUCUCUUCUUGUCUUUCAUAUUGAUUGUGAACUUAAGGCAACAUUUAAAAAAAAAAAAAGUGCAGUUCCUCCUUAAUUAGUAUUUGCAACAAGUCUGACUGUAGAAUACACAUCAACUUAUCCUUGGAAUAUAUAAUGAAAUUAUUGAACACUACGCAGAGAUAUUUGUACAAAUUGACUCAUGUUAAAAAGGGGCGAGGAAUCAUCUGAUCAUAGCGGAGUCUAAUCAGGAUUUCGAUAUCAGAAAAAUGCAAAGAUGUGACUUAAAAUAUCGACGUUACAAGAAGAGCGCACAAGUGGAUCAUCCGACGCUCGCUUGAUGUAAAGUUACGUGACGUCCACCACUGAUAAUGCACACGUGUUUGUAUAUAAGCGCAUCAGAGCUCCUGUUCUCGGCAGGUCGUGUUCAUGGCAAAUGGUGGAGAAACGUGGGAGAAUUAAGUGUCAUGAGCGGCCUGUCCUAGCACUGUGUAGUAGUACGUCUCUUCCACACUGAACACACCCUGGUGCAUCAGCAGAGACAAGUCGGUGUAACUAUGUGUAUAUUUAUAAAAGAUAUCUCGCCAAGGGGUUUCCUCUUGAUAGAAAAUGGUAUGAAGCUCCAUCAUAUGCCACUGAACAGAUCACGUCUCACUUAAGAUAGCAAAUCCAAGCAUGUUGUUCCAUCCAACACUGACUGAUGAUAAAACCCACUUCAGAUGAUAUUACCAGUACUUAGGUCUGGAUCAGUCUACAUCCAAGAUGCCAGAACGCCCUGAAUGUGGUCUGCAGUGGAGGAGCCUUGUAGUAAAGUCAGUGUUCUCUGUUAACCCAUAAGAGCCAUCCCUGCUUACACUAACAUGGGGGGACGUCACAACAGACCAAACCAAACACAAAGAAGGUACCGUAUUUUUCGGAGUAUAAGUCGCUCCGGAGUAUAAGUCGCACCUGCUGAAGAUGCAUGAUAAAGAAGGAAAAACACAUAUAUAAGUCGCACUGGAGUAUAAGUCACAUUUUUGGGGGAAAUGUAUUUAAUAAAACUCAACACCAAGAAUAGACAUUUGAAAGGCAAUUUAAAAUAAAUAAAGAAUAGUGAACAGGCUGAAUAAGUGUACGUUAUGUGACGCAUAAAUAACCAACUGAGAAGGUGCCUGGUAUGUUAACGUAACAUAUUAUGGUAAGAGUCAUUCAAAUAACUAUAACAUAUAGAACAUGCUAUACGUUUACCAAACAAUCUGUCACUCCUAAUUGCUAAAUCCCAUGAAAUCUUAUACGUCUAGUCUCUUACGUGAAUGAGCUAAAUAAUAAUAUUUGAAAUUUUACGGUAAUGUGUUAAUAAUUUCACACAUAAGUCGCUCCUGAGUAGAAGUCGCACCCCCGGCCAAACUAUGAAAUAAACUGUGACUUUUUGUCCAAAAAAUACGGUAUUUGUGACGGAUUUUUCUCCCCUGAAAUACUCCUAAUUCAUGUCAGAGACGUGUGACGUUACAUGGUAAACAAGAACUCACUUUUAUGUACCACAAAUGCACUUUGAUUCGAAGCAAACAAUAUAUUGUAUAUUAAUUUAAAAAAAAACAUUGAAUCUGUGACAUUUAGUGUCUUAAAACAGUUGAAUUGUAAUGUUUGAAACCCUAGUAUAGCUUGAGGACUGUUAAAUGUACCUAAAAUGAGCUUUAAUGGAAAUAAACAGCCUUUGUAACUAGUGCCCAUAUUUUAGGAAAUGCCACAUCUUGGGAUAGUCACAUGACAUCUACUCAUGUGUUUACUUCACCAUGUACAAAGCAUUAAAUUGCUGACAUGCAGUAAUUGGGUUCUUCUGGGUCAACUGGAGAACUGGGUCACCACUGAGGUGCCGGUCUUCACCUGCAAUGGGAAAUGGUGCAAGUGUAAGGGAAAGAUGGGCAAGGAUGUGUUCUUCACCAAUGGAAUAUAUUUUUUACCCGCAUCAGUGGGGGUACAACAUGUUGUAUACAUUACAGUUGUUCAUAUUAGAGUAUGAAAUAAUGUGAGGGGCAAUUAUUAUAUUGUAUGUCUAUCGAGAAUUACAAAUAAAGUCUUUUGAAAAAAGGAAAA